AGUGUAAAAAAAAAAAAAAAAAAAUUUCAAUGAAAUGUGUAAUUAAUAGCAAUAAUGUAUUUAUUAAUUAUAAACACAUGCGUUAACGAUCAAAUGAAAAUGAAGAUAAAUUUUCGUAGCUGGGUUAACCAGCUUAAUAAUGACAUAAUUUUGAGUUUGUGUUGAUAAAAAAAUACAUAUAUUUAUAUAUGUAUGUGUAAUAAGAAUAUAUAUGUAUAUAUAUAUUCAUGACAAGUUACUGUGAUUUUUUUUUAACACAGGAUUAAAUAAAACAUAAACAAAAAAGUAAAAGUGAAAGACGAGUAUGCGUUGAAUGAUUUGUAGUUGGAACAUUCCAACGGUGAUUUGUUAAGAUUUAAUAACACGUAUAAUAUAUAAUAUUGUUUUAAGAGACAAGUGUUGACAAGUGAUAGUUGUGAAAAUGAUGUACUCACCUGACAAGAUGAUGGGAAGUAAGGGUCUUCAUGGGACACCCAUUUCCGCGCCUGGGUGUUUUCCAUCUGGAAGAUAUUCGCCGCCGUCUUAUCGCUCGGGGCCAGAUAAUAUGCCGCCUCCACCGCCGCCGAGACGAUGUAUGCCAAAUCCUGGGAGUCGGAUAUUAGAAGACGCCUCGAUAAUGUGUAAUUCUUGGUCACCGAGACACAAUGGUGACUUAUUCGGCGGUUUGAAUAGUGGACUACAAGAUGGUCUGCUCUCUCGAGCAGAGGCUUUAGCUGCUGAUUUAGGAAAGCACAAUGCAGGCACGCCAAUGCCACUUAAACAUGAUCCUGUGUCUGUAUAUCAUCACGGGGCACACAUGCCUAGUCCACACCCAAACAAUCGGCCGCACCAUCAGGUACAAUCACACCUAUUUUUGAUCGCUCGAUGCUUGCAGAUGAGUCAUCCUGGAAUGGAGAGUCUGGACAUGUUGGAUCCAGCGAAUUCAAUGACAACGCUGACACCAAUGUCCGAAGGCGGCGGAGGGGGUGGCGGUGGACCUGGCCAUCACGGCGGUAUUCAUGGACCAUCAGUAUAUGGCGGGAUGAAUGGCAUGAUGAGUCAUCAUCAUCAUGCGAACAUCGGAGGCGGCGUUCCACACUCACAUCACCCAGCAAUGGCAGCAGCAGCAGCUGCGGCCGCGGCUGCAGGCCUUCAUCCAGAUGCCGACACAGAUCCACGUGAACUCGAAGCGUUCGCCGAAAGAUUCAAGCAGAGACGCAUCAAGUUGGGUGUCACCCAAGCGGAUGUAGGAAAAGCACUCGCUAAUUUAAAAUUACCUGGUGUCGGUGCGCUGUCACAAUCGACGAUAUGUCGUUUCGAAUCACUUACUCUAUCACACAAUAAUAUGAUUGCACUGAAGCCAAUUUUGCAAGCAUGGUUAGAGGAAGCUGAGGCACAGGCUAAAAAUAAAAGGCGUGAUCCAGAUGCACCAUCCGUAUUACCAGCUGGUGAAAAAAAACGAAAGCGUACGAGUAUUGCUGCACCUGAAAAACGAUCACUGGAAGCGUUUUUUGCCGUGCAACCGCGUCCGUCUGGUGAAAAAAUAGCCGCGAUUGCUGAAAAACUAGACUUGAAAAAAAAUGUCGUGAGAGUUUGGUUUUGUAAUCAACGACAAAAACAGAAACGUAUGAAAUUCGCGGCUCAACAUUGACCCGAGGGUGGUUUGUGACAACAAAACUGACUGUAUCCGCCACCAGCACCUACGAAUCUUGAGCCAAAACCCGAACCACUCAGUGAGUAUCAAGGAUGGCCGUAGAUUUUUAAUUAAUAAUAAUAAUAGUAAUAAUAAUACUAUCAAUUAAAUUGCUGGUGGAUGUCAGACAUUGUUGUUACAGUCGUGAAAAAUAGUUUUAAUAAAUAAAUAAAAAUAUAAUAAUUUAUAAACUUUAAGAGAUUACGGAGAAGAAAUAAAAUUUUAAGUGACGGAAAGACUAAAAAUUAUCGUGCGUGUAAUCGAUUUAAUCUGAACACUUGAUUUGUGAAAAUUGAUUAUUAUACAGAGGGUCGGAAAAGAAAGUGACUAUUUUAAAGAGACAAAAAUAUAUUUCAUCGAUAUACAUUACGCUGAGAGAGAGAAACUUUCAGCUUCCUCCCUCCAACUGUCUUACCUUAAUUUCUCACAUUAUUUUUUCUCUCUCUCCCUCUCUCACAAUCCCGUUAUUUUUUUUAUUACUUAUUAUUAUUAUUGUUAUUAAAUUUAUUUUCAUUCCGUACAAUUUUCUCCCUCUCGUUUUCUUCGCGUCCUUGUGUAAAGCAAAAUAUACUUGCGGUCAAAUCGAUCAAACGUAACCCACUUUGAUGUCUAUAGAGUAGACGUGUAAAAUUAUAUUCUGUCUCUUUCUUACUUAUGGAUAUGUUAUAUUACACAAGGAAAUUUUUUUUUAUUUAAAACUAUCAAAGAAAAAAAAAAUAUAUAUACAUAUAUAUCCAUAUAUAUAAAUGGGUAAAAUGCAUCGUGGACGGACUGAACAUAAUUCCCACGCUCACUUGGUAGUUUAUAUACCUUUUGAAAACAUGGAUGUACCAAUACAUAUAUAUAUUUAUAUAUUAUAUAUUAGGGUGCUUCAUUUCGGAGCAACAUUUUUUUGUUUCAAGUGCUUGUGGAAAAAAUCAUAGUUCACCACAAAAGAAAAAUUUUCGCGCGAGAAUAAAAAUGUCAGACUGAUAUUAUUUACUUUCGCUAAAAAAAAAAUUGUUUAAUAACGAGAAUACUUUUACAGAAGUUCAGUCAAAUAUUGAAUAAAUGAAUAAAGAACUUGAAGUAAAAAAAUAUACAAUUUUCAUUUUUACAAUUAAUCAAAAUCAGAACGCGAUUAUUUUUGAAUAAAUUGAUGUCUAUAUAAAUGCAAAUAACUAUAGAGUGUAUCGGAAUUUCGAAAAAUUUUUGAGACAUAAUUUGUAGGAAAUGAAAUGGUCUUCAAAAAAGGUCCUAUGACAUUUUGUUAUAAGUCUGAUAGUUUCGCCGAAAAAGUCAAAUAAUAUGGAAAUUUAUUGUACUUCAAACUUUAACUUAUGAACGGGUAGAUUUAUCAAGAAAUGAUGAGAUCUUUUUUCUAGAGCAUUCAAUUUUCUACGAAAUCAUGUAUUAGUUUCUUCGAUAUAUUGAUCUGUUAGUGAGUUAAAAAAACUCAAAGUUUGAAAAAAAAAUUUUCUUGUGUUAUUUCAAUGGGAAAAUCAAAUUUUUCCAUGAGCUAGAUCUGAAAUCGGGAUAGAAUUUUUUUCUUGCGCGAAAAUUUUUCUUUUAUGUUGAACUAUGACUUUUUCCACAUGCACUUGAAAAAAAAAAUUUAUUCUGAAAUGACGCACCCUAAUAUAUAUAUAUAUAAAAUAUAUAUAUAUAUAUAAUACAUACGUACAUGUACACUUACAAUCACUUGGAAAAGUACAAGACGAAAGGUUCGAAAGUGGAGGAAUUAAACCGAAAAAAGCUAAAUAUUAAUUUAAAAAUUGAAAUAAUAAAAAUGACAUUAUCGGUAUUUAAAAUGAUAAUAUUAUAAUGAAACGUGAUUAUUAUUUGCACGUUAAAGUGAUAUUAAUUAUAAUAUACACAUAAAUAUAUAAUUGAUAUGGAUAAAGUUUCGCAGAUUUAAAAUAAAAAGUUAGAGAAAAGUGAGAGAUGAAUUUAAAAUAUAAGCCAAGUGUUAUGUAGUGAUAUUGGACAAUCAGUGAAAAGACUGUAUUAUAAUAAUAUCGAUCAAGCAAUACCAUUAAGUCAUUAGGACAAAUACAAUAGCUAUUGUUUAUUUAUUAUUUUUAUUUCAUUUAUUUGUUUACUGAAAUAUUUAAAUGUAAUGAUGAAGUAAAUGAUUUUUAUUUAUUUUUAUUGUUUUAUAUAUAUAUAUGUAUCUUAAAAAAAGAGAGGGAGAAAAUAAUGAAGUUAAUUUAUUAAUAUGUACGUAAUUACAGCAAUACCAAAUGAAGUUAAGAUAAAACGUAAUGAAUAAAUAUAAAUUUGUUUAUUUAAAAUAUAAAAUAUGCAGAAUAUAUUUGUAAGUUGUACAAAUGUAGUGGAUAAGUAAUUUUUUAGAGAGAUUAAAUAGACUUAUUGAAUAAUAACUUUUUUUUUUCUCAUUAGCUGAGUGUAUGAAUGAUGAAGUAAUAGUGCAAUACUUAGUGUGUAAUUUAAAUAUAAUAUUUAUUGUUUUUGUUUUUGUUUUUGUUUUAGUUUUUUAUUCUUCCCAAUAAAGAACUGGUCUGGUAAUUAAAUUAAAUAAUUUGACAUAGGUCAAAUCAAAAUGAUAAGAAAUUUGAUUUUAAAUCAAAGAUAUUUUUUAAUUUACUCAAAAUUAUGUUAUUUAUACAGAAAAAAUUAUUUCUUGGCGCAAUAAAUUUUUUCUCGUCUUAAAAAAAUUUUUGGUUUCACACGAAGGAAAUUUCAAGUAAAUAUACCUAUGCAGCAUACACGGAGAGAAAUUUAUGGUAACAAUUACAAUAUAUUAUGGGAAUGAUUCCCAUAAUGCAUGAUAACCGGUUUUUUUGAAAUGUUGAUUAUGGGAACGGCAUCCAUAUAUUGUA